AAACAUACCCCGCAGCUCAACAUGGUAGCAAAACGCCAAAAGCCGCUGUCCUCGAAGGCGGCAUUGCCGUUUGUGACGGGCAACAAGUUCAAGCGUCAAGAUCUACAUGUCAAGCAAAAGAAGGCAAGAGACAGUCUCCGCCGCGAUGAGAGAUUCAAGCGCAAGAGGGAGGAGGACAAAGAUCCCGAGCUGAGGAGGGAGCGAUUGGCUCGCAAUGUGCCAAUGACAAUCGAUAAGAAGCGUGUUUGGGAUGAGGAGGAUGGCGAUGGGCUGAAUGUGUCUGUGGACGUCGAGCAAUUGAGAAGGCGGCGACUGGAAGCAGCAGAGGCAGGAGACGCAAUGGAUGAGGAUUUGCCUGAGCAAGCCGCCGAGGACGACGUGGAUUCUAUGCUGGGAUCGGAUGAGGAGAUGGACGAUGAGGAGGAGGAUACCGAGCACUCUGCACGUCGUCAAAGAGAUGCGUCAAGCGCACCUUCUCUCGCCGCCUCGACCACAAGCACAAACCUCGACCUCACACCUGAGAGUCUGGCUCUGAAGUUUCCGACUCUCUUCACCGAUGAGCCUCCGCCAGCACCCAAGGUUUUACUUACGACCUCCCUCAACUCGACCCUCCACAACGAAGCGCACCUGCUGUGCACCCUCUUCCCGAACUCGACCUACAUUCCUCGUUCCGCCCAUCGCUACGGACACAAGUUCUCCGUCCGAGAAAUCGCCAAGUUCGCCACAAACAGGGAAUACACCGCUCUUGUUGUUGUGAAGGAGGACGCCAAGAAGCCGACCGGGCUGUCUAUUGUGCACCUUCCCCACGGUCCAACCUGCCACUUCAGCAUCGCGAACUGGGUCGAGGGCAAGAAGCUGCCAGGUCACGGUAACCCCACGAACCACUACCCCGAGCUGAUCCUCAACAACUUCCGCACGCCCCUGGGUCUGUUGACGGCGCGCUUGUUCCUGACGUUGUUCCCACCACAGCCCGAGCUGCAGGGCCGCCAGGUCGUGACGCUGCAUAACCAGCGCGAUUACAUUUUCGUCCGACGCCACCGAUACGUGUUCCGUGACAAGCGGGCGACCGAGAAGAGCGUCGUCGGGCCGGAUGGAGAGAAGGUGAAGGGCGUGGAGGAGAUCAGGGCGGGGCUGCAGGAGCUGGGACCGCGGUUUACACUGAAGCUUAGGCGGGUUGAUAAGGGUAUUGGACGGGCGGGGAGUCAGGGCGAUGAUGGGCUGCAGUGGGAAUGGAAGGCGCAUAUGGAGAAGAAGCGUACGAGGUUCAAUUUGUGAGCUGGGACUGGGUUAGGCUGGCGUUGGGGAUUUGAGGGGGGAUACCUUGGCAUAGUUAAGCGUAGUGUAUAUAUCAUAAGUGCAAUAACUAUGGCUUAUGAUUUAGAGAGGAGGUUCUAUAAGAUGUAAUGUUGAUAUAGUCGAAGUCUCUGCUACUAUCAUGCAUUCCCCUACCUUGCCGUUAAAUGGGCAAACAGCUAUAUAGCAGUCUUAUGGCUGUUUAGCGGGUUGCUAAGCGAGUGAAAGGACACAGGGCACCGUAUCACGAGAAGUUGCAUAUAGGAGUGCGAGUUGGAUAUGAGUCGGUACAAUCCUAUAGGUCUACUACAAAGGAUACUAAAAAGAUGAAGGGGUAACCCUCUGUUCUAGUUUCCUUUAAUACAGGAAACCACUUAUACUACUCUUAAGUCUCUUAACUUAAGACUUAAGGCUAUUUAUUUAUUAUUAUACUAUCUUUAAAUAGAGUAGUUAGAGGUUCCUAGCCUGUUAAAGAAGGUAGUAAAUAUAGUAGAGGUAAGUACUACUAUUAUUACUAUUACUAUAAAGUUAGUCCUAGUACUUACCCCUUAUAAGAAAGAAAAGGAAAAGGAGA